UUCCGCGAAGGCUCCGGUAACGCCUUCUGGUCCGGGGGUGGUCGGUAGUAGUGCCGCUUGACUUUAAGGCGGAGGAAUUGGCAACAAGGAGGAGAUAUUACAGGGAAGCCCUAAAGACUAGGCAGCGGGGCAGAGGACGGGGCUUGGGGUUGGAGGACAGCCAGACAGAACGUCUGAUAUGCCCCUGGGAACUUGACCGCUCCUAGACAGAGGCAGGACCUCACCAGACCCAUCCUUUGAGCCCCUUCUCGCUGGGCCUUAUUUCCAGCAGCCAUCUAGGCCUCAUUAGAACCCCAAUGCUGUGUGGCUGCUAUUCCUGAACGAGGCGAUGGCGUCCCCAAGCCCACCGCUGGAACCAAAGAGCAACUUGAUAAGUCGGCUGGGGAAAAUUAAGACUGCUCCAAGUUCUCAUAAGUUUCUCAGGUGAAGCACUACUUUUUUUUAAAUCUCGUCUCUCUUCUGCAGCUAGCACAAUGUCUGAACCCAAGGAGGAGUGGGGUUAUCUGGAUCCAGCUCCGAGAAGCCUGUAUAAAGAUGUCAUGAUGGACAGUUAUGGAAAGCUGGUCUCGCUGGAUGUUUUAAAGAGAAAUAAAGAUGAAGAGCCAACUGUGAAAGAAGAACUUGAGAAAGACCUCGAACCACAGGGUGUAAUAGUUACAAGAAUCAAAAGUGAAAUUGACCAGGAUCCUAUGGGUAGCGAAACCUUUGAACUUGUUGGUAGGUUAGAUAAACAAAGAGGGAUCUUUUUAUGGGAAAUACCACGUGAAUCUUUGACAGAGGAACAGAAAAUAAUCAAAGGACACACUAAUGUUCGUAAAAGACCAAACUCAGAAGAGAAAUGUCAUAAAUGUGAAGAAUGUGGAAAACGUUUUGUCCGCAAGGCCCAUUUCAUUCAGCAUCAAAGGGUCCACACUGGUGAGAAACCUUUUCAAUGUAAUGUGUGUGGAAAAAGCUUCAGUCGAAGUUCAUUUGUUAUUGAACAUCAGAGAAUUCACACUGGGGAACGACCCUAUGAGUGUAGCUACUGUGGGAAAACCUUUAGUGUGAGUUCUACCCUUAUUAGACACCAGAGAAUCCACACCGGAGAAAGGCCUUACCAGUGUAAUCAGUGUAAACAGAGCUUCAGCCAGAGAAGGAGCCUUGUGAAACAUCAAAGAAUUCACACUGGUGAGAAACCCCAUAAAUGCACUGACUGUGGAAAAGCCUUCAGUUGGAAAUCCCACCUUAUUGAGCAUCAGAGAACACACACUGGGGAGAAACCCUAUCACUGUACCAAAUGCAAGAAAAGCUUUAGUCGGAACUCACUGCUUGUUGAGCACCAGAGAAUUCAUACUGGAGAAAGACCUCAUAAGUGUGGUGAAUGUGGGAAAGCUUUUAGAUUAAGUACAUACCUUAUACAACACCAAAAAAUACACACUGGUGAGAAGCCUUUUCUUUGUAUUGAAUGUGGAAAGAGUUUCAGUCGGAGCUCAUUCCUUAUUGAACAUCAGAGGAUCCAUACGGGUGAACGCCCUUAUCAGUGCCAAGAGUGUGGGAAAAGUUUCAGUCAACUUUGCAACCUUACACGUCAUCAGAGAAUUCACACAGGAGACAAGCCCCACAAGUGUGAGGAAUGUGGAAAAGCCUUCAGUAGAAGCUCAGGUCUCAUUCAACAUCAGAGAAUACACAUCAGGGAAAAGACUUCUCCUUUCAAUGAAACUAAGGAAAGUUUUGAUCCAAACUGCAGUCUGGUUAAACAGCAGGAAGUCUACCCUAAGGGAAAGUCUUACAAAUGCGAUGACUGUGGGAAAACGUUUAGUGUUAGUGCUCAUCUUGUACAACAUCAGAGGAUCCACACUGGGGAGAAGCCCUACCUGUGUACUGUCUGCGGGAAAAGCUUCAGUCGGAGCUCAUUUCUCAUUGAGCAUCAGAGAAUCCACACUGGCGAGAGACCUUAUUUGUGCAGACAGUGUGGCAAAAGUUUUAGUCAACUUUGUAAUCUCAUCCGACAUCAGGGUGUUCACACCGGUAAUAAACCCCAUAAAUGUGAGGAAUGUGGGAAGGCCUUUAGUAGGAACUCAGGUCUUGUUCAGCACCAGAGAAUACACACAGGAGAGAAACCUUACAGGUGUGAAAAAUGUGACAAAAGUUUUAGUCAACAGCGCAGCCUUGUCAACCAUCAGAAGAUCCAUGCAGAGGUGAAAACCCAGGAAAUUUAUGAAUGUGAUGCUUGUGGCGAAGCCUUUACUUGUCAGAUUUCUCUAAUUCAGCAUCAAAAGUUGCAUAUUAUGUGGAUGCAGUCAAGUUAGAGAUGUUUUAAUGCUCAAAUUUGAGACUAGUUACCGAAGUGCAGUUUUAGUAUGGCCCAACAUGGGUCAAAUAUAGUGAUAAAGCAAAUACUCGUUGGCUUCAUGAGGAAUAGUUUUUAAAGAUUCUAUGAAUUGUGGGCAGUGCCUGUGGGAAACUGACCUGCAAUUAGAGAUUUGAUUUAUCUAAGCCUCUAACUGUUCAGUAGAGUUGACUGGUCAAAGCAUAUGAGAAAUGUUCUGAAAGACAAUUAGUGUAUGGGAACUGGGAGCAACUGAUCCUAAGAAUACUUCAAAAGUCUUAUGUCACCAUCUCCUGUAGUUGCCCUACAGUUCCAUGAAGUUUGGCUACACAUGUCAAACCUCAGUGAUUAAGCAAAUGUAAUUUAUAAAAGUCCAGAUAUUUUCAAAGUCACCAGUGUUUAUAAUUGUUUAAGAAAUUUGUGUGGAAAAUUAGUUGGUGAAAGUUGGGGGCUUCAGUACUUCCCAUGUUGAUAAAAGGUGUGAAUGAUUACGUUAUAAAGGUAUUUGUUAGUGUUAAUAACCAAUAAAGGUGUUACCAAGUAAUCUUUGGGAGUGCCUUCCCCUGAGCCCCAAAAUGGGCCCCAAAAGAUAAUUACUGGUUUAUUUUGUUCUGUCUCAUCUGUGAAAUCUGUUUAUAAUACUGUAACAACAUUACUUUAUUACUCCCACAUAAUCAGGAACAUGUAAAGAAAGAUGUAUGUAUUUUGAUUACCAAGAAUUGGUCAUAAUAAUUUUAAAAAAUGACCUAAAAUGUAUGCUACAAAGCCAAGAUAGUAGUAUUGCUUUAGGUUUUUAUGGUAGAUUUGCAUGCAAGAUUUAAAUUCUUAUUUCUUAAUUCUAGGUCCUCCUUUAGUUAACUCUUAUAUACCUAUUAAUUUAUCUAUUUUAAUCAUUAAAACCUAUUCAGGUUUUUGUUUUGUGCAUUAUUUGUUGCUUUAGGCUAUGAUCAGUCCUAAUAGAUGACUGUGUUUUGAACAUCAGAAUCAAAGAUUUGAAGGAAAUCCCUGCUUUUCUCCUUAUGACUCAUUAACAUUUUUCUGGAAUACUUCAAUAUAAGAUUAUGUUUGGGUUCUUAAAUAUCCGAGUAUAGAGUUCCAAGUCAUUAGAACACCAACUCAAACCUUAUUAAUUUGAGCAAAUGCCUUUUUUCCUAUGUACUGCCAAUUCUAAAACUCAUUUCCAAGUUUAUUCUCACCUCAAAUAUUGUUGUGUGUUUAUAUAAAUGUUGAGGCUGUAUAUGUAUGAUAAGAUAGCCUGUUCUGUGCGUUCUUUUGUCAUAUUGUCGUUAUACUGUUUAGAUUUUAUAACAUAGUUCAUUUUAAACACUAAGUCAGGUCUUAGAUGCCUUAGUUGAUAAUGCCCCCUGAUGCCAAGGCUGGAGCUCCUGGUAGAAGGAGAAAGAACAAGUGCAGUUUAUCCUCUGACUUCCACAUUUCCACUCAGCAGGCACAUAAUUUCAGACACAGAAAAUAAUUUUUAAAACUUCCCUAUGUAUUAAAUUGUGCCUGCCCUAGAUCGUCCCAGUUUAUUUUAUACCAGUGAUUUCUAGGUCAAGGUCUCAAAUAAAGAUGAGGCUUGUUAGAACUCCUCUCAAUUAAAAAGGAAAGGGAGAGGGAGGAGGAGGAAGAAGAUGAAGAGGAAGAAAAAGCCGCCUUAAUGCAAAAGUGUGUUUUCGGGGAAAGCUAAGAUAAGCUAAUUUAUUCUAAGGACAAGUCCACAAUUCCUUAUCCUAAUGCCUUGAGAUCAUAUGUUUCCAAAAUCAGAUCUUUUUAGAUUUUAUGGAGAAAAUGCAAUGCUAGCACCGUUUUUUUACAUAACUCUCCUCAGGACCUUGCCAGUGCCUUAAACACAUUAAUACCUUUAUUUCACCAAUGAUGACAGACAGCCUCUGAUCAAUUUUUCCACCAAGUUACUUCCUACAAACUUAUAUGAAAACUCAAAGUUUUCAGAACAUUUCUUUUAGAACUUUGAAUAACAGGUUAUGAGCUUGUGGUUCAGAUAUACCGUCUUGUUCAUUCUCUCAGCAACAUGAAAAAUACAUAAUUUAUAGAUGAAAAGAGCAAUGGUGUGUGGGGAGUCCAUGGUCCUAUAGCUAAGUGGUAAAGCCAGCUUUUGAAUGUAGUUUUGGUUUGUAAUGCUGUGAUGAAACACUAUGACCAUAACAACUUAGGGAAGAAAGGGGUUAUUUCAUCUUGCAGCUUACAGUCCAUCAUGACAGGAAAUCAGGGCAGGAACACAGCAGGAAACUAAAGGCAGGAACUGAAGCAGAGGCCAUGGAGGAAGGCAGCAUAUUGGCUUGCCCCCCUCCAUAGCUUGCUCAGCCUGCAUUCUUUAAGCACUCAGGACCACCUGCCCUGGGGGUGGCACCAACCACAGUGACCUUCCCCCAAUUCCAUCUGAUGGAGUCCUUUUCUCAAAUGAAAUUCUUCUCAAAUGACCCUAGUUCAUGGCAAGUUGACACAAAACUAGCCUACACACAAAAUUUAAAAUGUGCUCUCCUUGAAGAGUUUUCAAACUACAGUAGCCCAAAUCUCACUAACUGGGUUUGAGACCUCGGAUGACUUCUUAGGGUACUGGAACUCACUUUGUUCCUCUUGCUGUGAGACCCCUAAAUAUGUAAAUCAUGUGGACCUAUCCAUUUUUGGCUUGAACUUUGGCCUUACCGUCCCUAUCAUGUAUGUAGGCCUUUGAAAGCUUAUAUUCUCAUACAGUAUGAAUUAUUAAAAAAUAGUAUUUUUAUAAAGUUUAAUGUAGGCCCAUGUUUGAAAUUCAGCUUUCUCUUACAGGUCUUUUUAGAUUGAUAAUGGUUCCCCUUAUCUUUGAAGGUCUUUCAGUUAACUCCACAUAAUUACAAUUUGCUUAAGCUGUUUUUUUUUUCCUUCUUUUUCAUUUGUCUUCACCUGUUUCUCUAACUCCCCUAGUCAUGGCCUGAUUCUUCAGAGGUGUGUGUGGGGUGGGGGCGG